AUGCUGCUCGCAUCGUCGUCGUCCAAGCGCGGCCGGAUUCCCGACGAUGUGCUCGAGUUCCACCUCAAGCACAUGAACGAGUGGGUCGCCGACAAGGAUCGGCCGCAGUGCGUCAUCUGCAUCCGCCGCUUCAACACGUUUGUCCGCAAGCACCACUGCCGCGCGUGCGGCGAGGUUGUGUGCAGCCAGUGCUCCUUGCACCGGCACGUCCGCGACGUCCUGCCGCGCCCGUCCCUCUCGCGCCAGCGCAGCUCGUCGAUCAAGAACGCGACGAUCCUCACGGUGCGCAUCUGCAUGGACUGCAUUGGCGAAGUCCAAUUCUACCGCAACUCGGCCGCGCCGCCGACGCUGCUGCCACUGUCACAGAGCCACCAAAGCACAAACAGCUACUCGUUUGGCAAUAUGGAAGCCGAAGAGACGCGGCUGCUCGCGCUCUCGUCGUUUGCGAUCCUCGACACGCAUGUCGAGGCCGAGUACAACGCUGUGUGCCAAGCGGCCGCCAAGACGUUUGCUUGCAGCGUCGCCGCGAUUGGCUUUGUCGACGCCAUGCGGCAGUGGUACAAGGCGUCGAUGGGCAUUGCCCACGCGCAGCUGCCGCGCGAACUCGCGCUCUGCAGCCACCUCAUCGAGCAUCGUAUUACCAAGCCGCUGGUGGUCCGCGAUCUCACGCUCGACAAGCGGUUCGCUGCCAACCCGCUCGUGACGGGCCCGGCGCACAUUCGGUUUUAUGUGUCAGUGCCGAUUGUCACGAUGGACGGCCACGUCAUUGGCACCAUCAUGGUGCUUGACACGUCGCCGCGCGAUGCGGUCGACGCCCGAGCAGUCGACAUGCUCGUGCACCUCUCGUCGAUCGUGAUGGAGAUGCUCGAAGAGAAUCGACGGCGGGAGCGCAACCGGCUCACGGCGAUCGAGGAGUGCUCGAUCGAGUCGGGCGGGUCGUCCUUCCGGCGGAACCUCUCGUCGUUCAUGGGCCGCCAUUCAAAUGCAUCGGCCGACACGUUUCUGCAAGCGACAGCGCCCCAAGAGCCAUCGCCGAUCCCCGAAGUCGACGAGCUGUCGCCACCGACAACCAAAAAAGUGACUCCGACGGAGUCGAUCACGGCGUCCCUUGAGCGCCACAAGCCCAAGCUCGUAACCACGUCGUCGACAGCGGUCGCCGAGCAGCAGAAUUCGUUCUGGGCGCUUCUCUCCAAGAUCUCCGAGACACAGCAGAUGCUCGCCGAACAGCAAAACGCGAUGCUUGACAAGCUCGGCCAGCAGAUCGCCCGCAUCGACCAGCUCGAAGAGGCCAUGGGCCAUGCCCACGACCAUCUACGUGCUCUGAAAAGCCAAGUCGAUGCAAUGGAGUCGGACCCGACCGAGUACAUAACGAUAUAA